AUGGCGGUCGCUAAGGACCCGAUCGGCACCAUUGCUCAGGUUGCCAACGAAACGCAGCUAUUUUCUGAGAAGGGAGCUGGAUCAACAACCGAAGCGACAUCGAACCCUGAUAUUGAAGCCACCCCAAAGGACGCGGCUUUUGAAAAACGGAUAAUGCGAAAGAUUGACCUCUGGCUUGUUGGCUUUUACUCUCUCGUGUACGUCUUCCGGGUUAUUGACAGCGCAAACUAUUCGAACGCCGCCAUCAUCAACCUAGAGGCCGGUACAGGCAUCAAGAAACAGCUCGGCUUCACGCCUUCGCAGUGGGCAUGGACGCUUUCCAUCUUCUCUUACAGCUAUCUUAUCUUCGAGCCUACCAAUACGGUACUUUUAAAGCUGUUCAAGCCGUCAAGAUGGAUGUUCAUCCUGAUCAUGGCGUGGGGCAUAUCGGCGUGUUGCUCCGCAGCAGCAACAAACUUCUCAGGCAUGAUGUGCGUGCGAUUCGCAAUUGGUGCGGCAGAGGCUGGAUUCUUCCCGUCUGUUUUGUUUCACUAUGCUUUCUGGUACAGACCUGAGGAAAUGGCCUUGCGCAUAGCCUUUUUCUACUCCGUGGGACAGGUAUCCAGUGCACUCUCUGGUCUGUUGGCGUACGCAAUUUCAUACAUGGACCAACUUGGAGGGGUCUCAGGAUGGCGAUGGCUGUUCAUCCUUGAAGGUUUACCUGCUAUAAUCCUGGCCUUCUUUGCUUUUGGUCUACCCGACUACCCUGAGUCAGCGAAGAUCCUCACCGAGGAGGAAAGGCUCUAUGUGAAAGAGAGGCUUGCGAGCACUGCGCCCAAGGGUGGGUCACAUUGGGACUUCAAAUCUCUGAAAGUCAUGGCCAAAGACCCAACCCUCUAUACCUUCAGUCUUUGUUGGAUCUGCCAUGGUAUUGGAGGUUUCGGGCCGCCAUACGUCUCGGCAUUUCUACUUCUCAAUGCUUUGGGUUUCAUGCUGCAGAGGAAGUGGAUCAGACCCUGGGUUACUGCAGUGGGGAUUGAAUCAACAAUCAUCGUGUGUUACAUCAUUCUUCUUCUCGUUGAUAACCCGAUUGUCCGCUACCUCUGCUUGAUCGUCUCUGUGGCCUGCGCUGGGUGUGCGUACCCAGUUAUCUGGCCUGAACGAAUCAGGGCGCUGGAGGGAACAGUGGCAUCAGGAAUCGGUAUUGGCCUUACAAAUGCGUGUGCGCAGUUCGGUGGAAUUGUAGGCCCGCAUGUCUUCAGCACGGUGUUUGGUCCCAGAUACCGCAUCUCAUAUGGCGUCAAUCUUUCGGUUUUGGUGGUUGGCAUCUGCUCAAUUCUGACAAGUUGGUUUCUCGUUAUCAAGAAAGAUCGGAAACGAGCUGCAGCACUCCAAGGAGAAUAG